AUGGAUACUAUUAUUUUCUUCACAUUUUUAAUCAAUUACAACCGUUUCUCCAUUCAUAAAGGUAAUAAACAUGAGGCUAAAAAGAAAAACAAAAGAGGGGGCAGAGAAGAAGAGCGAUGAUGAAACGAGAAUGGAGAAACACACACGUGGAAGAAUCAUAGCCGCUCUUUAAAACAUGCCACGUGUCAAGCUUUAUUUGGUUCAUGACGCUCGCCGCCCACAGACAUCCUACUAUAAGGCACGCACGUUGGUGAACAAACAAACAUCAGUUUGGUCUCACGACACGACACGACCAAGCUACACAAAUUUGAACAUGAAUAUUCAGGAGGAGACUAAGCUGACUCUUGCUCUUCCUGGUUCUACCAAAUCAACUACACCUGCUUCUGCAGCCACAAAACGUGCCUUCUCCACUACACUUGAUCUUCAUCUUGGCACCAAACAUGUGGUGGGAUGGCCACCGGUGAGAGGAAACAGAAAGAAAAUUGCUAUAAAAACUUGCAAGUACGUCAAAGUUGCGGUUGAUGGAGCUCCGUAUCUAAGAAAAGUCGAUCUCGAAAUUUAUGACGGUUAUGACCAUCUUGUCAGAGCAUUGGAUACCAUGUUUGUCAGUACUAAGUCUAAUUUGAUGAAUGACAAGAAAUACAUGCUUACCUAUGAGGACAGAGAUGGUGACUGGAUGUUGCUUGGAGAUGUACCCUGGAAAAUGUUUGUUGACUCAUGCAAGAGAAUAAGGCUUAUGAUUAGCAUGGAGGAUACUACUAGUUGCAGUUCCAGAUGUACGGGGUCCAGUGAGAAGGAUAAUUAGUGUAGUUAAAGAUCAUAAUUAGUUCAUAAACACUUGCUAAUUAGUGUCCUUGGUGCUUGGUGUUGUACAUGAUCACUUUAGGCUUUAGCACCUCUAGUAAUUUUUGGUUUGGGUUUGGGAUGAACUUUUAAGAGAGGCUCAAUUUUACAUUUGUGAUUAAAAUAUAAAAAUAGCAUGUAUGUAAUGUAAUGUUCCAUGUUAGGAUCAUCGAGACUCUGUAGCUAUAUAAUGGACUUUGUUCUGUUGAA